UAUUUUAAUAGAGAGUAAAGAGAGUGCCGGAACAGUCAAGACAAUAACUUUUUGUCUGUUUCUCAUUGUUACUACAGGACCACUACAAUUAAGUCUGAGUCCGGUAACAUCAACAGUGAGGACAAACCCAGCCUGCCUCUCUCCUUCCACACUGAGUCCAAACCCACAGUCACUGGGUCCUGAUUGUGACAGUGGAGCCCAGUUUGCACUGCAGGAUCCAGAGAUGGCAUCAGUGAAGCUGGAAGACUGCAGUCAAACACUGGAGCUGAAUGUCAACAUUAAAGAUGAAGAAACGGAGGAGAAGAUUGGGAAAUCUGUUUCUCAUGGAGACCAUGUUGAGACAUUCUCUACAUCCAGAGAGGAACAGCAGGAAGCUCACAGAGCUAAGAGGUCUUACCCCUGCCCACAUUGUGAGGAGAUUUUCCCAUUUCUAUCAAAGCUAAAAGUACACCUAAAAAUACACACAGGAGAGAAUCGUUAUUCCUAUACUGACAGUGGGAAGAAUUUCACAACAUCCAAGGCUCUGACAGUUCAUCAGAGAGUGCACACAGGAGAGAAGCUGUUCUCCUGCUCUGACUGUGUAAAAUGCUUCACAACAUCAACUAGGCUAAAAGUUCAUCAAAGAACACACACAGGAGAGAAGCCUUACAUCUGCUCUGACUGUAAGGCGAGUUUCUCUCUACUGCGCAACUUAAAACGACAUGAACGUUUACACACAAGAGAGAAGCUUUACUCCUGCUCUGACUGUAAGGCGAGUUUCUCUCUACUGUGCAACUUAAAACGACAUGAACGUAUACACACAGGAAAGAAGCCUUACAUCUGCUCUGACUGUAAGGCGAGUUUCUCUCUACUGCGCAACUUAAAACGACAUGAACGUUUACACACAGGAGAGAAGCUUUACUCCUGCUCUGACUGUAAGGCGAGUUUCUCUCUACUGUGCAACUUAAAACGACAUGAACUUAUACACACAGGAGAGAAGCCUUACUCCUGCUCUGACUGUGGAAAGAGUUUCUCUCGACUGGGCCACCUAAAAACACAUAAACAUAUACAUACAGGAGAGAAGCCUUACUCCUGCUCUGACUGUGGAAAGAGUUUCUCUCGACUGGGCCACUUAAAAACACAUAAACAUAUACAUACAGGAGAGAAGCCUUACUCCUGCUCUGACUGUGUAAAAUGCUUCACAACAUCAACUGAGCUAAAAGUUCAUAAAAGAACACACACAGGAGAGAAGCCUUACUCCUGCUCUGAUUGUGUAAAAUGCUUCACAACAUCAACUAGGCUAAAAGUUCAUCAGAGAACACACACAGGAGAGAAGCCUUACAUCUGCUCUGACUGUGCGGCGAGUUUCUCUGUACUGUGCCACUUAAAACGACAUGAAAGUAUACACACAGGAGAGAAGCCUUACUCCUGCUCUGACUGUGCGGCGGGUUUCUCUCUACUGUGCAACUUAAAACGACAUCAACGUUUACACACAGGAGAAAAGCCUUAUCACUGCACUGACUGUGAGAAGAGAUUCUACAGAUUGGGCCAUUUAAAAAGACACCAAUGUAUACAUAAAGGAGAGAAGUCUCAUCAGUUCUCUCAGACCAGCUAAGAUUAGACACCACUUAAUUCUCAUGUCAUUAAAUAAUUGGCAACGUUGAAUUGAAUCAAAUGAAGAAAGCGUAGAACACUCUUGUUGUUUCUCACUGUGAGAGAACUGUUCAGAGGGAAUGGAGCAUUAUAGAAUGUAAGCCUGUCUUUACUGAUCAUUGUACACCUUGACAGUUUUGGUGAGUUUUGUUAGCAUCUACUGUAAAGAUAUUGAGAUGACCUUGGAUUUGCCCUUAAGGUUGAAUAUCCUUUGUGAGGCUUCUCACAGUGGAGUCUGAUGGUUAACUGAGUGGUACUGCUUCACUCUGCAGUUUUCUGUGGGAUUGAGCUAGUAGUUACAACAUGCACUGAGUGUACAGAACAUUAACGACAACUGUUCUUUCCUUGACAUAGACUGACCAGCUGAACCCAGGUGAAAGCUAUGAUCUUUAAUGAUCUAGUUGUGUAUUUAUUGGAAACAUACUGCCUGGUCUGAUGAAUCCCAGUUCAUGCUGUUUCAUACUGAUGGGACGAAAUGGUGGAAAAAGUACCUAACUGUCAUACUUGAGUAAAAGUAAUAAUACCUUAAUAUAAAAUGACUCAAGUGAAAGUGAGUCACCCAUUAAAAUACUACUUGAGUAAAAGUAUUUGGUUGUAAAUAUACUUAAGUAUCAAAAGUAAAAGUAUGAAUAAUUUCAAAUUCCUUCAAUUAAGCAAACCAGACGGCACAUUUGUCUUUAAAAAAUAUAUAUAGUACGGAUAGCCAGGGGCAGACUCCAACACUCAGACAUCAUUUACAAACGAAGCAUUUGUGUUUAGUGAGUCCGCCAGAUCAGAGGCAGUGGGGAUGACCAGGGAUGUUGUCUUUUAGUGCGUGAAUUGGACCAUUUCCUGUCCUGCUAGUCGUAAAAAAUGUCGGGUAUUUUGGGUGUCAGGGAAAAUGUAUGGAGUAAAAAGUACAUUAUUUUCUUUCGGAAUGUAGUGAAGUAAAAGUUGUCAACAAUAUAAAUAAUAAAGUACAGAUACGCCCAAAAAACUGCUAAAUUUGUUAUUUAAAGAAAUUAUUCUGAAA